GUUGCUCAAACCCACAGUUGCAGGCUCGCCCCCCUGUGCUGCGCCGCUUGGAUUAGCUGGAAAUCCGCACAUGCGCAGUGUGUGGAAGCGGAGCCGGCCGACGGUGUAUAGGCAGCGAGCACAGGGCACCUGACCGGAAGUGUGUGGAGAGGGAGCUGUUUCAGCACAACAAGGCCUUGGGUGGGAGGCGGUUCAGCACCUUGUUGAGAGGAGCCAUGGCUAUCUUGUUUGCAGUGGUUGCAAGAGGCACUACAAUACUUGCAAAAAAUGCCUUGUGUGGAGGAAAUUUUUUGGAAGUAACUGAGCAGAUUCUGUCAAAAAUCCCAUCAGAAAAUAAUAAACUGACCUACUCUCAUGGAAAUUAUCUAUUUCAUUAUAUUUGCCAAGAUAGAAUAAUAUACCUGUGUAUCACAGAUGAUGAUUUUGAACGAUCAAGAGCAUUUACCUUUCUAAAUGAAAUAAAGAAACGAUUUCAGACCACAUAUGGUUCGAGGGCUCAAACUGCAUUGCCUUAUGCAAUGAACAGUGAAUUCUCCAGUGUGUUGGCUGCACAAAUGAAAUACUUAUCAGAAAACAAGAACUCUGACCGUAUUUCAGAGACUCAAACACAAGUGGACGAGUUGAAAGGAAUCAUGGUCCGAAAUAUUGAUUUGGUGGCACAAAGAGGAGAAAAACUGGAGUUGUUGAUUGACAAAACUGAUAAUUUAGUGGAUGCUUCGGUCACAUUUAAAACCACCAGCAGAAACCUAGCCAGAGCAAUGUGCAUGAAAAACCUCAAACUGACCAUCGUUAUUGCAAUUGUAGCAAUUGUUGUCAUUUACAUCAUUGUUUCGGCAGCAUGUGGCGGUCUCUCGUGGCCAACUUGCAUAAAGAAGUAGAAACCAAAGUCCUAUUAGUUGGAGGGAAAAUCUGGAAAAAAACUAGUUUUAACCACUGCACGAGGAUUUCAUUAGAGAUCUGUGUGUAAUAGUUCAUCUCCUCAGCCUCCAAAUAUUAUGCAUUGAAAGGCUAUAGUUUCUGCUUGCCUUAUUUCAGACAUUUUUAUACUUUUCAUAUUAAUUGAAGGAGUUGCUGCAUUAAAACUGAAACACAAAUCCAUAUUUUAUUCAGUGAUUGUGAAAUAAAAAUGUAACAUUUUUAAAAAUAGUGCAUUUUGAGUCGAUCGGUUUAGCAAUUUUUUCUAAAAUUGUGUGCAGAGAUUUCCAUAUUGUCAUUAUCCUUUAGAGUAGCACUGAGAUAAUUGGGAUUUGUUCUUUUCCCUUGCACCGUCACUUCCCCUGGUAAAAUCUAAUGCAAAAUCUUGAAUUAUCUGGGUGGAAAUAGGUAAUUAUAAUAUUUCUUAGCUAACUGUUUGGUCACCUCUGAUUACAAAUUGGGGAACCAUAAUGCUAAAUAGCUGUUUCACAACAGUUUGGAAAAUGUAUAAAGUGUUGCAUAUCUUCAGAAACAAUUAUAAAGCAUUAUUAAAAACUAUUAAACAGUCAUUAGAGUUGCUGUAAAUUAAUGGCAAAUUACUAGCCUUAUGUAAAAAUGUAAAUAAGUUUCUUAUGCCAGUCACAUAGCUGGUAUUUAUGUACAGGACAUCCAGCAAACAAAGUAUAGCAGGUGUAGUACAAAUACUGUAGUGAUUGUGUACACAUGCUUGCUAGUAAUGCUGCUGAAUGCAGAGCUUUUGCUAACCAAACUUAUUUGUAUAUUUUUUAUGGUCUACAUUGUGUAUUUGUUGUUCAUGCUGCUUUGAUCCUUUUACAAGCGAUGAGAAUAUCAAUGGUUUAUAUAAAAUUUGAACCUGAUCUAGCUUCUAGACCUUAGGAUGCAGUUUUUGCAUGUUUCUGGACUGAAAGGCAUAAAGUUCCAUUUUAUGACCAUGAAAAGUUCUUAUCUAUACAUGGACUUGGACAAAUCACUGACCUUUUUUGGUAGAUGGAGAAAAUUCAAGGGCUUGUGCUUUAAUGGGAUGUUUUGUUAAAGUGGGAGCACUACCUUUUCACUUCAAGAUCUAGGUUUGCAUCAAUUUCAAGUGAAGAUCACGAAUUCUUCCCUCUGCCUUUGCCUUUGGGAAUGAAAGACUGGGUGGCUGUGGAUAAGAACACCAUCUCUUUCGAACAUAGAUAAAAUUGACUACCCGAGUUGACAUUCUAGCUCUUAGCUAGGCUUUACUUAUUUUAAUUCAGUUCCUGUUGCGUAAGUUGAUACUGCUAGAAUUUCAGCAGGACUAAGAUUACAAGAAGGUCCUUUUUUAAAAUUUUUUUGAUUUGUAUCAACAAAAUACUUUUGGUCAUAGUUAUGUCAAUCAAUGAGUAAAAAUGCAUUGGAGGAGGUUACUAUUAAUUGGUCCAUGUUGGGUUCAGAGGAAUAUGUAUACUGUUUUGCAUCAGUCUUGAAAUAACAAGUCUUAAAGUCUCAGUCCAUAAUUAGAAACAUUUCUUGAGAGCUAUUGUCAAGCAUAAAUUGUAGUAUAGCUGCAACUGGUUCGCAAACAUGUUCCACAAAUACGUUGAGCUUGUAUUAGUUCCACGUUUCUCUAACUUUACAAACUCACCUCUUUAAAGCAUUGGCUCAGUGGCAUUAGUGUCGCAACUUGUGAAUGAGCUAUCACAUCCUUGUAAUGAGCACAAAUUUAUGAAAAGAGGGGUUAGUGAUCUCUAGGCAAAUAUUAUUUAAAUCAGUAACCAUUAUUUGUUUUACCCAGAUUUAAUCUCUGGUUCUUUUUUUAUACUUCUGAAUAGAUCUCAAAUACCAUGUAGACCAGAGGAACCUGAGGUGUCAUAAAUAGUUUUAAACUUGCAGGAUAAUAAUCCCAGGCCUUUACAUAGCUCACUGUUAUGUCCCUCAUUGAUUUCAUGCUACUAUACUUUCCAAUAUAUUUCGUGAUUUUAUAUGGGUCAUCUUGCUAAUGGAAAAUUCAUGAAAUACUGUUGCCUGUAACGAAACCUCUCCUAUCCCACACCAGCCUUAAAGGAUAAGAAUUCAGGUUGUUGUCCAAGUUUUAAAAUUGCACAAAAUGGGAAUGUAUUAAAUAAAAAUCUAGAAUCUUACUAUUGUUAACAUAUUGGAUCACAAUUGUAAUAUAUAAAUUGUGGCUGUGUAUAAGAUGCUUUUGCACUUUGCAUUGUAUUGAAUGGUAAAAAUAAAUUGUUAAACAUAACACUUAUGGAAUGCUUUGUCAUCAUAUUUUUGGUUAAACAUAUUGCUGUAUAUUAGCAAAAUGUAAAUGUGAGCACAGCAGUGAAAAUGUAAGCCUAUCUGUACAACAUGGUUCUUUAGAGAAUUCAUUUUAAGUGUUGUCCAGUGCUAUAGUUAAAUUGUGUGGCUAAUUUUGUCUUCAUUGGUUAAUUAUAAUCCAUAUUUAAUUUUUAAUAUACAGUGACUAAACACAUUUGAGUUUCUGCACUAACAGUCAGUGAUAUUUAUUUGAAUGUUCAGGUUUUAAACUAGUCUAAGUUUAAGACCUUUUUGUGGUCUGCUUUCUGUUGAAAGGGAUUGUACUCCUUGGAAUUAUAGAAUGUAUCACUGGUGAUAUUGGAAGUAUGAAUUUUAAUGUAUGGUUAAUCUUUAGAUACCUAAAUUUUAAGGAAUAACUGAACUACUUGCUUUGAGUCUUCUGUUUAAGUGCAAUACAUCAAUUACAUUGGGUCUGCAUUUGCAGCAUCGAUGUGAUUGCAGUUUCACUUUAUACCCUAAAGACCUGUCUGAGGUCACCCCUGUUUUCAUGGUAAAGAACAAGUCUACAACCUUUCCUGAUAGGUGCAAUGUUUCUGUUUAUAACUGAUCUUCACUUUUCUUUAAAAAUAAUCUUUGUAUAUGUUUUUGUAAGGAGACUCAAACUUUUUAUUGUAUGACUGUGGUGGCUGAGAAUCUGUUCAUUAUACAUAUGAUGCUCUCUCUUAACAUGUCUGUUCAAAUUGAGGGAAACUUAAAACUGCAUUGAAAGGUUAAAGCUUUAUUCUGUACUUGUCUGUUGAUGUAAUUAUCUUCCAACUGGUGCCUCUAAAUUCCAUUCUGUAUCACAUUUGGCAUCAUGUUGAUUUUUAUAUUUGUGACUGGUUUAAAUUCAAUCUAACAAGGGUGGAAAGUUGAGGCCUUUGAGGUAAUAAUAGUAAGGUGCCAAAUAAACACAAACAUACUGUUAAUUGCAGUGCAUCAUAAUGAGUAUUUAAAAUUGCUGUAAGAACUUUUACACCAUGAGUUUCUUAGUAAUUGUACCAAAAAAAAACUUGGGAGCAAAGUGAAAUUGACUUAUUGAAACAAUCAUGCCCCAGUUGCAAGUCUCAAAUUUUCUGGAUCUAAGGGCAACCACUUAAGUAAAAAUGCUCACUUAAAUUAGAAUGCAGAAAAAUGUAAAUCAGAAGUUUCUUCAAGUAUGACUGAAAGGCCUCAUUGCUUUGAGCUAAGUUAACCAGCUGCCAAUAUCACUCUCAAUAGCUGGUUUCAGAAUUUGCAACUGUUGGUGCAGUAAAUAACAGAUGAACUGAGUCCAAAUAUAAAUAUGUCUCUGCAAUGGGUAUCACAUCAUAUCUGAUUGCAGGAUGAUAAGGAUUUGAAUACAUAACUGUUAGGAAAGAAAGGUGGCUAGGAAAAGAUGGAGGAGUGGUUCCAUUAAUUAAUGUUCAUUAAAUUGAGGGAUUUACCUGAAUUCAGGAAACUAUAAAUGGUUUGGGUGGAGGUAAGAAGCAAUAAAAGCAAGGUGGCACU